GCUGUAAGUACAACCAGCUCAACAGCCACUUCCACUGCAUCCGCGAGGGCUGCCAGUUCUCCUUCCUGCUGAAGCACCAGAUGACCUCGCACGCACGCAAGCACAUGCGCAGGAUGCUGGGGAAGAACUUUGACAGGGUCCCGUCCCAGGCCAUGUCCCUGGGAGGUCAGAGGUCGGAGGACAUGCAGCACCUGACCUCCGGGCCGACGGGGGGCCAGCAGGCCGGCCUGAACUCGGGGUACGGGGGCCUCAUGGACGACACCGACGACUACAUGGACUACAUGGGCGGGGCCAGUCCCCUGGGGCUGUCCUCGGAGUCCUCCAAUCAGGACCGCAGCUGCUCCAGCACCCCCGUGGGGAACGAGGGCUCCCCCGCAGGCAACACCAUCUCCAUCCCGACGGCGACAGGCGCCAAGAAGCGCUUCUGGAUCAUCGAGGACAUGUCGCCGUACGGCAAGCGCAGCAAGACGGCGUCCUCGCGCAAGAUGCUGGACGAGGGCAUGAUGCUGGAGGGCUUCCGGCGCUACGACCUCUACGAGAACUGCAAGGACCUCAACUGCCAGUUCUCCCUGAAGGUCACCCACUACCACUGCACGCGCGAGAACUGCGGCUACAAGUUCUGCGGCCGCACGCACAUGUACAAGCACGCGCAGCACCACGACCGCGUGGACAACCUGGUGCUGGACGACUUCAAGCGCUUCAAGUCCACGCUCAGCUGCCACUUCCCCGACUGCCAGUUCUCGGGCAACAGCACGCACUUCCACUGCCUCCGCUGCGGCUUCAGGUGCACCGACAGCACCAAGGUGACCGCGCACCGCAAGCACCACGGCAAGCAGGACGUGAUCACCGCCGCCGGCUUCUGCCAGUUCAGCUCCAGCGCCGACUGCGAGGUCGCCGACUGCAAGUACAAGCUCAAGUGCUCGCACUUCCACUGCACCUUCCCCGAGUGCCGGCACACGGUGGUGGGCAUGUCCCAGAUGGACUCCCACAAGCGCAAGCACGAGAAGCAGGAGCGCGGCGGCGGAGAGCUCACGGCCUCCCCGGGAGGGCAGGAGGCGGGCCGCCACCACCACCACCACCCCCACCCUCAGCCCCACCACCCCCACCACCCCCAGCACCAACAGCACCACCACCUCCACCCACACCCCCACCCCCACCACGGGGGGCUGGGCGGGGGGCUGGGCGGGAUGCCCCACGCCGCCACCUCCUCCUCCUCGUCUUCCGCCAUGGCGGCGGCCGGCAUGGCGCUCUCGGGCCCCUCCCCCGCCGGCCUCCACGGCCUGGUCCACGGGAGCAGCGCGGGCUCGCCCCUGAUGUACCCGCCCGUCAGCAUGGCGUCCGAGUACGGCCACGCCUACCCGCCGCCGCCGCCGGCCGUGAGCCUGGACGGCUCGCUGAACCUGGACGGCUCGCUGAACCUGGGCGCCGACGCCGCCGGCAGCUCGCUGUUCUUCCUGAAGAGCGCGGCGGCGGCUGGCCUGGGCCUCGGCGACUCGCUGGACCUCAGCAAGAAGAUGCACCACAGCUCGGCCAUCAUGGCCGCCGCCGCCGCCGCCGCCGCCGCCGGGAGCCACCACCACCACCAGCCCCGCCCCCAGCACCCCCACCCCCUCCCCCUCCACCACCACCACCACCUGCUCCACGGGGCGGAGCAGCAGCAGCCUCCGCAGGACGGCCCGGCCCGCGGGACGUCCGGCCACACGGAGGACGACCUCUCCCCCGAGGAGGGCGCCCCCGCUGGCGAGGAGGAAGAGGAGGAGGAGGACGAGGAGGAGGACGAGGAGGACGAGGAGGAAGAGGAGGAUGAGGAGGCGGAGGAGGACCUCAACACCGACUCGAAUGACGACUCGAUGCCCGGGCCGGACGCAGGGAAGGACAACGGGGAACGCUUUCACGCUCCCGUCAACCACAGCGACACGCCCCAGGGGGAGGAGCCUGGGGCCACGCCCGCGGCCGCGCCCGGCCUCUAGGGAGGGGCGCGGUGACGCGACGGCGUGCGUGUACACUAUGAACCAACAGACUCACUGAAGGGUGUGGCCUCAUUUAUCACGUCUAGGGACGCUCGGCGAGGACAAAGGACACGCAACACAACGGAAAGAAGACGGUAAUAAAUAAAGGAAAGACAAAAACAAGACGACACGGUGACGCCACGGCCCGAAAUGAUUUAUUAUGAUGUUUACAAGAUGACCAACAUUAUUAAUUCAAUUAUGCAUUAAAAGAUGAACGAAGACACCAAGAAUACGGCCCUCUGUUCCCCGAAGGGGGGCGCAGCAAUGAAUACGUUUUACUACUACAUCAGUCUUUUUGUGUGCGUGCAUGUGUGGCUUUAAGUUAUUUUAUUUCUUUGUUUUUUCGGUUCACUUUUUUGUGUGUGGAAAAAAAAUACUUAAGAAAAACCAGAAAAAACAACUCUCUCUAUAUAUAAAUAACUAUAUAUGUACGUAUGUGUCAGGAUGUUGAUAUACUAAAAGGAAGUUGGUGGUGUGUGCAGUCGACGCGUACUGCUGCGGCCCGGCCGACAUUAUAGGGAAACUGAUCACUGAGGUGAAGCUUUAAAACAGAAUGUGCUCAAACGUUUGAUAGUUUUAUCUGUAUUAUUAUUAUUAUUAUUACUUCUAUGAUUCUUAUUAUGAUCCAUCGAGAGCCAGAGUUAAAACACUGCUCUGACCUCGCUCUCUCUCUCUCUCUCGCCCGUCAACAGUUGAAGGUGUUUUAUGUGUUCAUGACGUGGGCCGUUGGAAAUGGCCGUCGAACCCCGUUUGGCUAGUAGUCAGUCUGUUUAAACUCUCCCCCUCUCUCUCUCUCUCUCUCUCUCUCUCUCUCUCUCUCUCUCUCUCUCUCUCUCUCUCUCUCUCUCUCUCUCAACGCCCUCCACCUAGCACAACGAAAACAAGAACACCAACCUCUUGUGAUGUUCCCCCCCUUCCCCCCUCCCCCCUCCCACCUCCACUGAGGAAUCCAGUUUGUUUAUCGAUAGUGCACUUUUAUAUUAGCCGGCUAUGAUGACGAUGAUGAUGAUGAUGAUUAUGAAUAGUGACGAUGAUCUUGGUGAUUAUGCUUAUGAGGUUGGAUAGAUGCUGAAAGAGAUAUUUAAAAAUAUUUUUGUUACCGUUUUGCAUCACUUGCGUUUUAAUUUGGCCGUGCGUCGUUGCCGUUGGUCUGAAGCAUAUCGGCUUUGUUUGAUUGUUUUUGUUUGUUGUUGUUUUGCGUUUGUUUUUUUGCGGGCGAGGUUGAGACUAAUGAGCUAGUGGCGGGAAAAAACCGACGUGUGUGGAGUAAAAAAAAAGAAAAGGCGAGAGUGUUUCAAAUGUACAGACUCAGACACCAUGCCUCCACAGAGAGGGCUUGUACCCUGCUCUUCACCACGGCCACGGUUCAGCUCCUUCAACGCUUUUUAUUUAAUAUUUAUGUGAUCUUCCAAUGAAAAAAAUUAGGGUGUUAUUGCACUUUUUUUUGGGGGGUUAUUUUCAUUUUUUCCGUUUCAAAAACAUGACAUUUAUCUUUUAACAGGGACGUUUUGCUUUAAUUUGUUUGUUUUUAGUUUUAAGUUUGCUUUGAUGCACAAAAUAGAUGUUAGCGUGACAAAGUCGUUCUGUGAUUUAUUUAAAGACUGGUUUUAUUUACUUCUGUGAUCGGGGUUUUAGACGUGGAAACGGCUUCGAUGGAAAAGGUGGAGCCUGUAAAAAAAAUAUAUACAACACUAAAUGCGAACUGUGAUUUGAAUAUCGUUUGAAAGAUCGCUGCAAUGCUCAGAUACUGUAGGAUUGAAUUACAAAACUUGUCAAAGACACCCUUUGGUUUUGUACCGAGAAUGUUUAAGAAAGAGGAGUGGACAUUAUUAUAAAUUAUCUCCUGAACUUGGCAUUGGUAAAGAAAUCAUCGUACUAUAAGGGAAUAUGUGUGUAACUGAAAUUUCUCCCAAUAUUGUUUUGAGAAGAAAAAGGGUUGUACAGUAUUUUCCUCUGUAAAAAAAAAAACACAAAAAAACAAUAUAUGAUCAAAAUGCUCUUUGAUGAACAGCUUCAUUUAAAAAGAAAAAGGUAAAAAGGAUAAUAAAUAAUAAAAAAGUGAAAUAGCCUCACCCUAGUUUGCUUGUGUGUGUGACAGUCUCUCUUCCUGUAAAUGAAAGACAAACCUCCCAUUGGCAGCGAUAGAAAUGUCCUCUUUUACCUUGUUUAUUCUUGCAUCGCAAAAUCCUUUUUACAUUUCCCAAACAAUGCUAAAGCCCAUACUUAAAAAAGAAAAACACUGAUUUGAAUUUAUGUUCCUGAUUUAUUUAACAUGUUUGUAUUUUUCUUUGUCAUUUGUGUGUGCGUGCUCUUUUUUUAAUUUCAUUAAUUACAAUGAUUUGGUUUCUAUUAGUUUGCGGUGUGCAUGCCUGAUUGACAGUCUGUGAUGUGUCUCUGGACUCGAUAGCAGCUCAGCGCACAUCACUUCCUUGUUUAAUUCUAUAUUGUCACAAUAGUUAUUGACCUGGGAGACCAUGUACACUUGAAUAAAUACAGUGUGUGUGCGUGCGUGUGUGUAUGUGCGAGUGUGUGUAGGUGUGUGCGGGUGUGUGCACGAGCGUCUGUAAAAUAGCGGAAUUUGUAAAGAAUUGACAAUAAAGAAAUUAUGAAUUAUUAUAACAACA